GAGGGUAUGACUUUUUCUUAGCUGAAAAAUGGGAGGGUCUAGGGUGGAAUUCUCUCCAAGUUCUCCCUGAAUUCUGCCUGACAAGUUCCGCCUUGUACCAUGGCGAACCUAAAGGAGGUCCGUGACCGUGUGAUGGGCAGUAUGGGCCGGACCAUGUUCACACAUGUAGCGGAGGGACCCAUCAACGCCUUGAGUACCUGCAGGGACGGCUCCCAAGUCGUCUUAGCGGGCCGAAACGUCUUCAAGAUAUACGGCAUCGAGGAUGAAGAGUUUCUAGAGAGAGCAAAUCUGAGAGUCGGCAGGAAGCUGUCACUGAACUUCAGCUGUGCAGAUGUAGCCUGGCACCAGCUGGAUGACAACCUCCUGGCGACUGCAGCUACAAACGGGGCGGUCAUCACCUGGAACCUCAGCAAGAGUUCCCGCUCCAAACAGGACCAAGUCUUCACCGAGCACAAACGCACAGUCAAUAAGGUAUGUUUCCACCCGACAGAGCUGCAUGUGUUACUGAGCGGUUCCCAGGACGGUACAGUCAAACUGUUUGACCUGCGUAAGAAGGAGAGUGCGAGUACCUUCCACGGCAGGUCAGAGAGCGUCAGGGACGUGCAGUUUAACCCUCACAGGGACUACUACUUCUCUUUUGCAUCUACUCAUGAGAACGGCAACGUGCUACUCUGGGACCUGCGCCGACCAGACAAGGCGGAACGUUUCUUCACCGCGCACAGUGGCCCUGUCUUCUGCUGCGACUUCCACCCCGACGACAAAUCGUGGCUGGCGACCGCCGGGAGGGACAAGGCCAUCAAAGUGUGGGAAGUGGUGCCGUACAAGCAGAUACAGGAGGUGCACUGUGUGCAGACUAUCGCCUCGGUCGGCCGGAUCAAAUGGCGCCCACAGAGAAGGUACCAUAUAGCCAGCUGCUCCCUCCUGGUAGACUUCAGUAUUAACAUCUGGGACAUUCGCAGACCGUACAUCCCGUUUGCAGCCUUUGAGGAGCACAGAGACGUGACGACGGGGAUCACGUGGCGCCAGGAUCCACACAUCUUUCUCUCGUGUUCCAAGGACUGCACCGUGUACCAGCACGUCUUCCGCGAUGCCAAACGCCCGGCCGACCACGCUAACCCCAUGGGACUGUGUUUUAACGUCAAAGGAGACAUCUCCUUCGCCGCGAGCGAGGCUUUGGGCGGCGGAGGGAGGGGUAAGGGAGGGUCGGGAAUGUACGCGUCCACUCGACUUCCGUCUUUCUUCCGCAAAAACCCUGACCCAACCGAACAGUUCCGUUCCGUCAACAGCAACCUGAGCGUCUUUACAAACAGGACCCAGGAGAACCCCACGGCUAUGGACUGGUUUGUCAAGACGGCGGAAAACUACUGUUUAACCGGUCGGCCCUUGUCGGAACUUUGCGAACACAACGCACAAGUGGCGCGCCAACUGGGGCGGCACCAAAUAGUGCAGACUUGGCUCAUGCUGAAGCUCAUAUUUGCAGGAUUGGGUACAGUAAGUGAUAAAGGUGUUGUCACCAGUCCUAGUUUAGGUAGGAUAGUGUCUCUGUCCACAACUGGUGGGCAGGGGGAUCUACUAGACAGAGUAUCACAGCAUAACGAGACUUCGACAGUAACAGACAUGCAGGAGGCUAAAAGUACAGAACCGCCCGGCAUUACGAAGGAGAAAGAUCCGUCAGAACCAGGCGAGGCUGAGCCUAAAUCAGCUCUGCCACAGUCACAAGCCACAGACAACCCUGCACACGCAGACCUCACACACGUACACGGAGACUUCUUCUUCGGGGACGGAGAAGGGGGCGGAGCCUACAACGACUACGACAGCCUGCCCAACAUGGACCACAUCCAGGACUGGACCCUGCCCGGCGAGGCCUUCCAGCCGCGCCACGAGAUCAUCGACCGCAAUCCCUCCCCGGAGGAGCUGGACCGCCCUGACUCCCCCACCAGCAUCAACGAGUCGGAGACCGUCAGUCUGAGCAACGAGAAGUUCCUGAAGGGGACGGUUCUCAGUCCCACUCCCAUGAACCCCUCCUUCCUGGACGUGCGGCUGAUGUCCCCGCUGGUGGUGGACAUGCUGCAUCACUACGCUGAGCAGGGCGACGUACAGAUGACUGUCUCUGUCAUGAUCGUACUGGGGGACCACCUGAAGGACCAGGUGGAGGAGCAGAUCCAGGAACACUGGCUCAUGUCGUACGUGGACAUGCUGGGCUGCUUCAAGCUGUGGAUGGUCGCCACGGAGAUCAUCAAACUCAGCUACCUGAUCGGGGUACCGAGUGUGGGCACACUGAACCAGAACUCCACAUCUAUCCACUCUAACUGUAACCACUGCAGCAAGCCACUCACACAGAAGGGCUGGCUCUGUACAAGAUGUCAGAAGUUGGUGAACACGUGUUCUGUGUGUCACCACGUGGUGAAGGGUCUGUACGUGUGGUGUCAGGGCUGCAGUCAUGGCGGUCACAUCCACCACAUCCAGGAGUGGCUCCGCACUAACCGGCAAUGUCCAGCAGGCUGCGGCCACUGCUGCCAGUACACCUGACCAGCACAACACUGGACUGGAGAUAGAUAUAUAGAAUACAACACGGUGUAUUCCGUAUCACCCGAGGUACCAGCCUGACCGUGGGUCGGAUCACCCGAAGGCUGGAGGGAGAUCCAAUCCGCGGGAGGGCUGGGACCGAGGGUGAUGCGGGAUGCACCGAGAGUGGAUACACCGAGGGUGAUGUCAUACCCACCCAAGAAAACAUGCCUUUCAAUGCAAAAUGAGCGUCCCUAAACCCCAAAAAUGAAACAACAUCAAUUCCAACAUCCGAAUUUUGUAUUCAAAACCAGUGCACGCAGUUAGGGCGAAAUGUGUUCGAAUCGUUCUAUGGAACAUUUGGAAGCCCGGGGCACACGCGUAAAGAAGCCCAGGUCGUACCGUAAAGUAUGUCCGGAACACCCGUAUCGAACGUAAUCGCGGCCCAGGUAUGACAUAAAUAUGAAUAUCACAUGAUGCAAGUUCAUCUGUGUUGGUGCUGGUAGUAAUCAUAUAGUACAAGUAAAACUUUAUUCCAACACAAAGAGUACACGGUGAUCACCUUCAUCAGGAUAAUUAAUACUAGUAACCAAUCAUGUGUCACGUGUCUGUAACUCUUAAUCUUGAGAGAUCACGUUGUGAAGUGAUUGGUCGUUAAUUAUCAUGAUGAAGUCGACAGUGGUCAUUGAAAAUUUGAUCCCUGUGUACUCUUUGUGUUUGAAUAACAUUGUACUACUGUAUGGUUUAUUUUGAAAGGCUCCUAACAUUGUCUCAAACAUGGCAGCCAAUACAGCUGAAUUUUGUCAAAACGUUACAUUAGAAUUAGAGACAUUGGAGACAAUUAUAGAUCAUUUAAAACAGUAUUUUCUGGGAUCAUAUUAAUUAAACAGAAAAUGUACUUGUCGGAAUAUAAAAUGAAAGCUAAAAGACUAUCACAACAAGAUUUAAAAAAAACAUAUCAACAAGAUAUUAAAUCUCAUCACAGUGAAUUAAUCAGUAAUUCUUAGCCUAAAUCAUUACUGUAUUUUCACAUGGUCACAUUAAGAAUUUAAAAAAUUUUAAUUGAUCGAGAAGGAUAUCAAAAAAUAAGGAUAGUUGCUACGUACUUGCAAGAAGUCUUCCUGGUAAAAUUUCUGGUAAAAUUUGUAACAACUUGUAGCAUUGCCGUUAACAACUUUAUUUGCAAAAACAUGUCAGAAGGCUAAUGGCUUUUACAAGGUCAAAGAUAGCACAAUACAAUAUUUAAGUGCAAAUUUAAAGUAUUCCAAGCCUUGCAACAGCAAUUUGUGUAAAACUAUUAUUAUCAUAUAGUACUGUAGUUCAAAGGUUUGGUUUUAGAAUUCAAAGUAUUGGCUCUGGUACCAGAGUAUUAUAUAUCAGUAUUAUCAUCUGCCAUGUUAUACCACAAUACACAGGCACUGUACAAAUGUAAUAAACACUUGACCAGCAUAGCCAGGUCUAAGACUCAGAAUUCACAGAAUUUGGUGCUAGUUGGAGAACAUUAUUUUGUUUCGACCGUCCAAGUUAGCCUGGGUACCAUCCAUAUCUGUUAUCCUGCUUCAGUUUGAAUGUCUGUGGUCCCAGAUGGAUUUUCUUAGCAUAUAGAGGAGUAAGGCCACAGCAAGUAAAUUUUAUGGAUGACAUCCUCCACAGACUAAAUCUAAUGCGA